AGAAGUAGUGCUGAAAAGUGGUUUGUUUGAUAUCGGGUGUUUGUGAGAGAGAGCUUGAAUGCUUGGUUGCAAUGGCGCGCUGCGUAGGGUUUGGCUCUUAAGGACCUACAAGCAGAUAUCAAGCCAUUAUAAAUUAGUGAACCGAAAGCAAAUGCAGGACUUGCGGCAAUCUAGAAUGAGGAAGCAAAUCAGUGAAGGAAUGCCUAGAUCAACUGUUGGUAAUUGUCUUACAUGGGUGCUCUUCUGAUUCAAUGUCAUGGUAUGUAUUUUAGAACUCUUAUAUCAUUCAGUAUUAAGCUCAGAAAAGCUUUGUGUCUGUGAUAAUAUAUGCGAGACUUAUAAAUAGUGGUUUUUAUUUCAUUAUUUAUCACCAGAAAUUUUAAAUUUUGGCAUCAUUCAAUAUUAUGGUAUGUAUUUUAGAACUCUUAAUCAUUCAGUGCUAAGCUAAGAAAAGUUUGGUGUCUGUGAUAGUGUAUUCAAGACGUAUUAUUUGUGGUUUUUAUUUCAUUUUUUAUCCCCAGAAAUUUUAAAUUCUGACAUCAUUCAAUAUAUUAUGGGGUGCAUUUUAGAACUGUUAUAUCAUUCAUUACUAAGAUAAGAAAAGAUUGGUGCUUGCGAUAGUGUAUGCAAGGCUUAUUAUUUUGUGGUUUUUAUUUCAUUAUUUACCACUGGCAAUUUUAAAUUUUGACAUCAUUCGAUAUUAUGGUAUGUAUUUUAGAACUUUUUCUCAUUCAGUAUUAAGCUAAGAAAAGUUUGGUGUUGAUGAUAGCAUAUGUAAGGCUUAUUAUUUGUGGUUAUAUUUCAUUAUUUAUCACUGGCAAUUUUAGAUUUUGACAUCAUUCAAUAUUAUGUGGUGCAUUUCAGAACGAUUAUGUCAUUCAGUACUAAGCUAAGAUAAAUUUGCUGUCUGUGAUAGUGUAUCCAAGACUUAAUAUUUUUGUGGUUAUAUUUCAUUAUUUAUCACCUUCAGUUUUAGAUUUUGACAUCAUAAAGUUUGAUGGUGAGUAAACUUAUAUAAUAUAUUUCAACUUGAUGCUGGUUAUUCUUCAAAGUAAACCUCAAGAGUUUCAGGAAAAAUGUUUAAUUUUUUUUUUCUUCCAUCACUUGCUUGCUAAUGAGUAAUGAUGUGAAACAUUUGGAAUCUUGAAAAUUACUUUGAGUGACAAGUAAAUGAUAUUGCUGCAUUUUGGAGCAGUUUAUAUAUAUAUAUAUAUAUAUAUUUGUUCUUGCAAAUCAAGUAAUAGUGUAAAUAUGCGUGAAUGGUGUCUUACUGACCUUGACCGUCUUGUCUCAUGCUGAUGAAAGACCAAGGCCAACAAUAGAUUUUUUGUCAAAGAAACCCUCACCUAAAAUUUACUGUUUUUGAUUAUGCUGACUGGAGUAAGACGUAGAUAAUUCCAUACUUAAAUGCUCAAACAUCUACUAAUGUAAUAUUUUGAAUUUAAAAAAAAAAAUAUUUUGUAGUUGUGCAUACAUAAUUCACAAUGUGAAAUGCUGAGUGACACUGGCGGGUGCAAUCUUUCUUCCAUUUGGACUGUAUGAUUCUCAAAAAGAUAUCAUUGUAGAUGAAAUCCUUGAAGCAUGCUACAAAUUUCAUUGGUAUCAUCAAGAAUAAGUGGAUAGCAAGCUAGAGCAGAACAAAUGCCUAGUUUCGUAUGCAUAUAUUGUUAGCAAUUUGCUUACACGAGUAUGGAUUUUAUUUUAUAUUAAGGUAUGUUUCUUAGAACUCUUCUAUCAUACAUUAUGACUUGUAUGAAAUUUUUGGUGUUUGUGGCAGUGUACUCAAAACUUAUUUUGUUGUUUUAUUCAAUUUCCACUGACAAACUUCAUUCUUUUUCACCAGCAAUCUGAAAUUUUGAUAUCAUAAAGUUUCAUGAUAAGUUAAUAUAUAUAUAUAUAUAUAGAAAAGAUCACUGUGCAAUUAUUUCGAUUUGAUGGUGGUUAUUCCUCAAAGUAAAGCCUGAAGAGUUUCAGGAGAAUAUAAAAUCUUUCUCCUUACCUACUUUCUGAUGAUAUCACAUAUUUGAGUCCUUGAAGUUUCAUUCAGUUACAGUGCAGCUCUCAAAUGUCAUCCACUUGUUUCCUUCUCAUUUCUUUCUUUUCUUGAAUUCAGGAACCUGUGAUUUUGAAGCCUAAGAAAUGCAUAUCCACUAGUUUUACAAUGUUAAAUACUUGUUUAUUUUUUUAAUAGCAUUUCCCUCUUUAUAAACUCUAAUUUGAUAUGGUUGAGAUUUGAAUAUCUUUUAGGUUGAAUGUCCCCUUCUUGCCAUUUCAAACUUACUUUUGCUUCAAACCAGGGCAGUAUUUAACUGGUAUUUGUCACUGAAGUAGAAGCAAAGAAACCAAACUCUUAUCAUAUCAAAUAUCUGUCACUGUCAUUGUACCUAGCAUUCCACUAUUAUUUCUCAUGAGUAGCUGCCAUGGAAGCUCAGCCAUCUUCUGCUCUUUCAAGAAUGGUUUCAGAGCGGGCAGAGGUCGACACCGCCCGACCAUUCCGCUCAGUGAAAGAGGCUGUUGCUAUAUUUGGCGAACGCAUUAUAUCUUGUGAUACUGCAUACUCUCAGAAGAUCAACAAGAGUAUCAGUCAUGAGAUAACUCCGAGGCCUACUCGAUCUUCAUUUUCCUCUCUGCCCUCUUAUUCAUCUCCGUCGUCACAAUUGCAGCAAGAUCAAGAGGAUGAUCACGUGAUCCUCAACUCUUUGAAGAAGUUGGAAGCUGAAUUGGAAGAAACAAAGCGGGAGUUGAUGUUGCUGAAGGAGAGGGAGUCCGAAAGGGAGGUGACUGUUGCAUCUCUCAAUGCCGAGAUCCACAAGAACAUGGCUAAGAUUGCAGAGAUUGAAGCAGUGGGUGCAGCGAAUGCCGCAAAGACAAGUAUAGAUACCAGUGAAGUAAAAACCGAGAGUGAUAUAUGGGAAGAAGAGAGAAGCAUGGAAUUGGAACCAAGUUACGAGUAUUUGCCUUCUCUAGCUCAUGUACUAAGACUCGGAGAGUUGGAUGGCAACUUUGAUCAUAAAAAGAAGACGAAGAAGUUGGCAAAGGCAAAGAAGAAGAAGCCUAUUAUUCCGCUCAUCAGCGAUAUGUUCUCCCGGAAAAAGGUGUUCAAUGAGCAUUAUCAUUCUCUGUAUAACUAUCCAUUUUCCGGCCUGAGCUAACCUUUUCAAAGAAAGCAUGUCUGUUUAGUGAUUCUGUUUCUGUAAGUUUGAUGUCCUAAGGUUGAAUGUAUUGUGUUUCAAUAAAGCAAUCUCUGUGUUUCUUUGUUUACAGAUGUUCUAGUGUUAUAUGUGAUCAAAAUACAGUAAAUCAAAGAUGUAUAUGUUUCAUUAAUGAAUUGAUUGGAUUGA